CCGCUCGUCGUCUACGUCCACGGCGGCCCCCACUCGUGCACGCCGCUCGCCUACGGCGCGGCUCAGGCGUUCCUCGCGUCGCGCGGCUACGCGGUGCUCUCGCCGAACUACCGCGGGUCCACGGGCUUCGGCGCCGCCGCGCUGAACGCGCUGCCCGGCAACGUCGGCGACCUCGACGUGCGCGACGUCGUCGCGGCGACCGAGGCGGAGCUCGAGAAGAACCCGAGCCUCGACCGGGGCGCCGUCGCCGUCGUCGGCGGGUCCCACGGCGGCUUCCUCGGCGCGUGGCUCAUGGCGAAGCGCCCGGAUCUGUACACGUGCGCGUGCCUGCGGAACCCCGUGACGAACGUCGCGGCCAUGGUCGGCGUCACGGACAUCCCCGACUGGUGCGCCGUCGAGGUGGGGGUGGAGGUCGAGACGCCCGCGACGCCGGCGACGCUCGCGAGGCUCUUCGCGGCGAGCCCCGCGUCCAAAAUCGACGACGUCGCGGGCUCGAUCCUCCUGGCCGUGGGCAUGCGGGACCGGCGCGUGCCGCCGUCCCAGGCCAUCGACUACUACCGCGCGCUCAAGCGGAGGGGCAAGGACGCGGAGAUGCUCGUCUACCCGGACGACGACCACGCGUUGGACACGCCGCGGACGACGGCGGACUUCUUCGCGGAGUGCGCCCGCUUCCUCGACGAUCGCCUC